UUGAAAGGAGAAACUGAUUGUACCAGUCGUUUAAACGAUUCGUGCUCAAUUGAUUCUACAAGCCAGGCUUCUGACAAUGAAAUGCUUUCAAUUGAAGAAAGUAGCAGUCAUAUACAAGCUGCUACAGGGUUGCCUGAGGCCGAGAGCUCGAGCACCGGAGUAAAAUCUGAAAGUAAACCUCUCAAGGGAGAUAUCUCGUCAGACACUGUUCUUCUGGGCCUUGAAGAAUUCAAAAGCAGAGUCUUUACAUCUCGGACUAAGGAUGAAACUGGUCAGGCUGGGAAUACUAUCCAUAGAGUAGAACCUGGUGGUGCAGAGUACAAUUACGCUUCAGCUUCAAAGGGAGCAAAGGUGUUGGCUUUCAACAAGGAAGCAAAAGGAGCUUCUAACAUCUUAGGCAAGGACAAAGAUAAGUACCUCAGAAAUCCAUGUUCUGCUGAAGAGAAAUUUGUUGUCAUAGAACUUUCAGAAGAAACCUUAGUAGUAACAAUCGAAAUCGCUAAUUUUGAGCACCAUUCUUCUAACUUGAAAGAAUUCGAGCUACAUGGCAGUUUGGUUUAUCCAACAGAUGUUUGGUUCAAGCUUGGGAAUUUCACUGCUCCAAAUGCAAAACAUGCACAUAGAUUUGUUCUCAAGGAUCCAAAAUGGGUGAGAUACUUAAAGUUGAAUCUUCUUACCCACUAUGGUUCAGAAUUCUAUUGCACACUCAGCACUGUUGAAGUUUACGGAAUGGAUGCUGUUGAAAUGAUGCUAGAGGAUUUAAUAUCUGCUCAACAUAAACCCUCUAUAUCAGAUGAAGCUACUAUCGAUAAGCGAGUAACUCCGUCCCAGCCUGGAUCCAAUGAUGUAGGACAACAACAUCGUAGAGAGUCGCAAUCUCUUGCUAAUGAGGAAAGUGAUGAUGAUGAUGUCGUUUUAGAACUUUCAAAGAGUAAUAUACCUGAUCCGGUCGAAGAAUCACACCAUCAACAACCUGGCAGAAUGCCUGGUGACACUGUUCUCAAAAUUUUGACGCAGAAAGUUCGUUCAUUAGACCGAAGUCUAUCUGUUUUGGAGCGGUAUCUCGAGGACUCAACUUCCAAAUAUGGCAAUAUAUUCAAAGAGUUCGACAAAGAUAUAGGAAAUAAUGGUCUACUUAUUGAGAAGACUCGUGAGGAUAUAAGAAAUAUUCUUAAAGUCCAGGAUAGCACAGAUAAAGAUCUUCAUGAUCUCAUUUCUUGGAAGUCCACUGUUUCCUUGCAGUUGGAUGGUCUGCAAAGGCAUAAUGCUAUUCUCAGAUCUGAGAUUGAAAGGGUCCAGAAGAAUCAAACUUUUCUGGAAAACAAAGGAAUAGUUGUUUUUGUUGUGUGCAUCAUUUUUUCAUGGUUUGCUAUUUUAAGAUUAUUUCUGCAUAUUGUUGUUAGAGUACGUGAGAGAACAAAUAGUUCCAGGAAAUUUUGUUGUAUAAGCCCUUCCUGGUAUCUAUUACUUUUGAGCUGUUGUAUUAUUCUUUUCAUACAGUCGCUAUAAUCAUGGAUUGCCCCCUUUUUCAUCCA